GCGGUUGACCCAAGCUAGCUCACCAAAGGGUCUGUUAGUGGCUCCGCACUAUUAUAUAAAUAGAGCUUUAUACUUUCUUUCUUUGGUUCCAAUUAUCCUCCAAUAUUUCUCCUCAUCAAUUCCCCUCGGUGCAAAUUUGGCUUAUUAUUAACUUUGAAAAAUCCCUAUAUCAUGGGCACACUACAGUUUCUCCUCUUCUCAAUCUUUUCCAUUUCUCUCCUUUUCCUUAUUGCAGGUGUGCAUGGCGGCCAUCAGCAGCACCACCACCACCAUAGACACCGCCAUCUCUUCAGUUUUAAGCCAAGUAAGCUCUUCGUAUUUGGAGACUCGUAUGCAGAUACAGGCAAUGUCCAGAAAUCAUUAGCAAGUUCUUGGAAAGAACCUUAUGGAAUCACUUUCCCAGGCAAACCCGCCGGGCGUUUCUCCGACGGCCGUAUCUUGACUGAUUAUCUUGCUAGGUUUAUUGGGGUGAAGUCUCCAAUGCCUUACAAAUGGAGAAAGUAUGCAACCAACCACUUGAAAUAUGGAAUGAAUUUUGCAUAUGGAGGUACAGGGGUAUUUGAUACAUUUGUCCCUGAGCCAAACAUGACUGUGCAAAUUGACCUUUUCCAAAAUAUGAUCAAUGACAAAGUCUACACCACCAGGGAUCUUCACUCCUCCGCCGCCCUUGUCUCCCUUGCCGGCAAUGACUACGCCACCUACCUCGCCACAAAUGGCUCUGCUCAGGGUUUUCCGGACUUCAUAAGAAAGGUGGUGAACCAGAUAACUGUGAACUUGAAAAGAAUUCAUGAAUUGGGAGUAAAGAAAGUAGCAGUGACUGCUUUACAACCCUUAGGCUGUCUUCCUCGCAGCACCUUUGCCUCUUCCUUCCAACAAUGCAAUGGAACUGAAAACGAGCUUGUCAGUUUGCACAACCUCAUGUUGCAGCAAGCAGUGGCAAAGUUGAACAAUGAAACCAAGGAUUCUACUUUUGUCAUUCUUGAUAUUUAUUCUGCUUUCAUGACUGUUUUCAAGAACAAAGGCGAUCAUCCAGGAAGUUCGACAUUUCAGAACCCACUGAAGCCAUGCUGCGUUGGCACAAGCACUCAAUACUCAUGCGGGGAUUUACAUGAAAAUGGGACAAAGAUGUAUACAGUUUGUGACGAUCCUGAAGCUACAUUCUUUUGGGACACAGUGCAUCCUACACAGGAGGGAUGGCGAUCUGUAUAUUUAGCUUUGCAAGCCAAUCUUCAACAGCUCUAAAAAUUGGAUCACCAUCAUUAUACAAAGAAAAAGAGAAGUUAUGAAAAAUAUGAUGUGCCAGUCUGUUUUUAUCUGUUUUUGUAAUCUAAUGCUCUUUGGUUGCUGUUAGGUUGAUUCGUUUUGUGACCUUCUCUUAUGCUUUGGGAUUAGGAUAAUAAAUUGUCCUUACCUUUU